GCUGCUCUAACAAGUUCUGGUGCGUUUGAUCAGAACUUUGCGGAGAUUGAUGCAUGGUUGGUUUUCUUGCCUGGGUAUGAAGCCAAAUGGUGUGUAAGAGAGAGCCUAGGAGUUGGAGUAUCUAAUAAAUUGUCACACAUUGUGAUCCCUUUCCUCUGCGAUGCUGUUUCAUUGGUUGGGAACAAUUUGUACAAAUAUGAAGAGCACAUGCGAACGGUCAUCUCUAAAUCAGGCCAGCUUGAAGUCUAUUCUCCAGAUUUCAGUCCUCUGGUUAUUUGUGUUCUUCAGAAAUGCCUUAGGCUACUUGACUCUGAGUCUGGAGGUAUGGAAGUACGUGAGAAGUCGACAAUUUCAUUAUAUGUGUGCAACACAAUCUACCUUAUUCUGCAGUCCCAGGUAGAUGCUCAAUUAUUGCUUGACCUUAUUGGUACUGUUCUGAAUCAGAGAUUUGAUAUUUUUUCACCGGAAGAACUACAGUCUAGGAUUUAUAUUGCUGAAUGGAGGCCAUUCAUGAAUUUGUUGCAUAUCUCUAGGAGUAUCUCGGACCAACAAAAUUCUAGUUUGUUCACAGCUGUGGAACAUUCUUCUGAACUUCAUUCAAACUCUUUGUCCUCUGUGAUUAGAAAGGUUCAAGAAAUGUUAAGGCAGCAACACACUAAUUUGCCGGAUGAUGUAGCGACUGCAUUCUUAUUUUCAAUCAUGUGUGCAGCUCCACAGGACAUUAUCGGUAGCUUUCCAGAGCUUCUUGAUGUUGUGAAAACACACUUUCCUUCUCAUAUGCAAUUCUUGUCGUCAGUUCUUUAUCUGCAACAUGAUUACCUAGCUGAAAUUGCUACUUGUUGGCCGGAUAUUUUCUUCUGUAGUCUCAGACAGAUUGAGGGUAAUCUUGAUGUUGAUGAGGCCAAAUGUCAAAACCACUCAAUUUCUGCAGAAUUGACUGCAUUGAGUACAUUCCUAAAUGUGACUCCGUUCUGUGCACUCUUACCUUCAGUAUUAAGCCUUGUGUUCUCUGGGCCAGCUAAAACUGGGGAGGCACAUGCAUUGCUACUUGAUGCACUUGUCCGACUUAUUCGAGCUAAGCUUUAUGAAAGCACAAUCAGUGAGUUGACAUUUAAUCUGAGAGUCAUAUUAUUCUGGAGCCAUCGCUUGCUGUUGUCAUACACUAGGAAGGGUUCAAAUGUUCUUGAAGAACUUUGUCAUGUAUGCUCCACUCUUGUUGAUAGCAUAUUUGAGCGCAUCCGAGUUUUGGCUGCUAAUACUGCUGACUUGAAUGCUUCAGCGGAAUGUUUCCAAGAUAUUGUUGAAUCGGUUCUCCACCAUCCUACUAUUGACCUGCCACGUUCCUUAUCCAAUUGCCCAGACUUGACAGAUGGGAGUGCGGAACAUGUGGAAGAAGCAUUUACUAGUUUUUCAAAGGAAAAUCUGCACCUUGUAGAUGGUUUUGUUGUGAAUCUUCUUAGUAAACUAUAUGACCUUUUACUGUUGGCUGGUAAUGAUGGUCAGUCCUUAGAGUCGCUGUUUGCUUCCCCAAAGGUCAUGCUAGAAAAAAUACUGCUGUUGUUCAAGGAUAAAUUUGAAGUCUGCAUGGACAAUGGAAACUUUGGACUGCUUUUGCCAAAUUUCUACAUGGUUCGGGCAUUGAAAAAAUUCAUGUCCCCUGUCAGACUUCUAGAACUUGUAAAUUGGAUGUUCUCAGAGUUAGAAAGUCGUGGGUCGAGUUGUUCAGCUGCAUUUGCCCCUGCUGCUUUUGUAUGUCUAUCUGUUGCUGAUAUUGCCAUGGAAUUACUGUAUGAUUAUCUACAACAAACUGAUCAGAGAUCAGAAUCCUGUCAAUUAUGGGGCUUGGAGAUUAGAAGUUCAGAUAUUGCCACCAUUCAGCGAGUAUAUCAUUUCAUUCUCCACUUUACUGCUAAACUGAAUCUUGAAUCUGCUGAUGUUUGCUUGCUGAAGAUGUUGAUUCGUAUCCAUAAUGCAGAAAGAUCUGCAGGACAGAACGCUGAAUAUACUGCAUUCCACAUGAUGUUAUCUACCAUGGCCACCAACACUCCCCUUAGCAUUCUUCAUCACUGUAUGUUUCCCACAUCUAAGGUUAAAGCAAAAGUUUUAUGGUUGCUUUUGGAAGUAAGCCCUAUACACAUGAACUUUUUUGGCCAGAUGUUGAUGAAAGUUCUAGAAGAAGACACUUCUAUUCUGCAAGGAAUGGAUUACAAUUCUGAUUCUUCACGGGCUCAUGAGGAUAGCUCUAUACUUCUGCUGCCUGCUGCUUUGUCAUACAUGAGGCAUCACAGUGAUGGCCAUAUGCAGUGUGCUGAAUUCCUUGAGCCACUUGCAAACUUUUACUGUGAAAUGCUAUUAGGUGAUAAUGGGUUUCCAUGUUGGAAAAGUUUUAUUACUAGGAGCAUUUUUGAGGAAAAUUUUGGUGACUUUCAACAUGAAUCAGUUCAAGAUAUGAUGGAUUAUUUCAGUGACACUCUCUUGGGGAAGUCUGUUACCAUGUUGCACUACUGCUUGUCUUUAAAAGAAAUGCCCCGGAAGCAACGCUUGGAAAUAGUUGCUUCACUUUGUCCACAAUCUUCUGGCCUAUUAGAUUCUGAUGUCAAUGAUAUUAAUCCUGACUCACACAAAGGUCAUCUGAAGCUUACUAAUAAAUUGCUUGCAAAGAUAUCGUUGAUUAGGUUGUUGCUGUCUCCCCCAAGAAGAUUGUCAUCUAAUGAGACAGCAUCAGACAGGGAGUCCAAGAGAGUGAGCAAUGCUAAGCUGAAUUUCAUAAGCAUCUUGGUCAGAACUUUGGAUCAAAUACUCAGGAAUUUCCCCCGAUGUGAUGGUUUAUCCCACUCUGAUAAACAACAAAGGGUCGUCCGUUCUUUGGAAUAUACAGUUCUCAAGAAUAUUAUCGAACUGUCUUCAGAGAUUCAAACUCAUCUGAACCAAUUGAAGUCAAUACCUUUCCUUAACCAAUUCAUCAGAUCAUCUCUCUUGCACAGGUUCAAUGAUCAUGUCACACUAAAAGCAAUUCGAUGCGUUCUUGUUGUAUUAUCAGAAGGGAAGUUUCCUGCUGAUGAAAUUCUUGAGCUCAUACUGGGCCACUCCCAUUUUCUGUCGUCAAUAACCUGCAGUGAAGUUUCUGAAUAUUCAGCUGCAUUUAAUGCCACAGGGAGCCUUCUACAGCCAGCACCAGGCAUUUUAAAAUCAGUCGAUUCUCUUUUCACUAAAAAAAGCGAGUUCCAUAUUUGCAUAGCAGAAAAGAGAAAAAUAGAAAUGAUCAGAUUACUCAGGAUACUGUAUGAUAUUAAGAGUAGACAACAGAGUAAUGGCCUAUUGAAUGAAUCAAGAGAGCUAAGUUUCUUGCUUUUAUCUGUUUAUGGUGCAACUCUUAGCGAAACAGAUCUGGAGAUAUUUAAUCUUAUGAAUGAGAUAGAGUCACAUGAGUGCAAAACUAUCGCUGAAAUGGAUCAUCUAUGGGGGAGUGCAGCUGUUAAAUAUAGAUAAGAAUUGAAACUGGAUUCUUCAAUAUCAGAAAUCCACAAAACAGAGAACACAGAAAGUAAUAGUAGGCGAAGGGCGGCGCUAUUUCGGGAGAACAUACCAAUUGAUUCUAAGCUCUGUGUCAUGACAGUCUUGCAAUUUUGCUACAAAAGGUCUUCAAGGACUUCUGUGUUCUCACUAGAACAGCUUCGUCAGGACAAAUUUGAUGAUAUUUUGAAGACAACAUCUCGAAGCAUCGAUAUGGUUCGGAUUUAUGAUCCUAUGUUUAUCUUGUGUUUCUUGAUUCAUACUCUUCUCAUGGGUUACAUUGAGCCUGCUGAAUUCUCUCGAGUUGGGCUGCUUGCCAUUACGCUUGUUUCCAUAUCAUCUCCUGAUGAAGAAUUGAGAAAGCUUGGUUAUGAAUCUCUAAAUACAUUCAAAAAAUCACUCGAGGCUUCUCAGAAAAGCAAGGAAAAAUGGCAGCUCCAGCUUCUUUUGACAUAUCUACAGAAUGGGAUAUCCAAACCAUGGCAGAGGAUACCUUCCAUUAUUGCUAUUUUUACCGCAGAAGCAUCAUUGACACUGCUGGAUAGCACGCAUACCCAGUUCAAUACCAUAAGCAAUUUUUUGAUGAAUUCAGCCUCUGUCGACAUGCAGAGCAUUCCAUUAUUUCCAACAUUAUUGAAGAGUAGUUCUGUGCAUUUCAAAGCUGAUCGAUUGUGGAUGCUUCGCUUAUUAUACGCUGGAUCAAAUCUAGCUGAUGAUGCUACGAUAUGCAAGAACAAAAGUGUUUUAGAGCUUGCUCUUGCCUUUUGUUCUUCAGCUAUUUCAGAUUCUGAAUCGAAGCAUUUAAUCCUUCAGGUGCUAAAGAAGUGUGCGAAGCUGCCAGUUCUAGCUCAGCAUUUAGUAAAAACUUGUGGCCUUCUGUCGUGGAUAUCCUCUGUUAUUUCAACUCAGGACAAAGGACUGGACAACAACUCUAGUUCCAGAAUAGCUGGGUUAGCAUUGGAGGUACUCAAUGCUUUGAUCUUAUCAAGAUUCAUCACGGAAUGGCUCCAAGAAACUGCACUUGAGCAACUAUCAGAAAUAUCUAAAUGUCUGUAUCUGCUAGUUGAAGAUGGAAAAUUAUUGAAAGGGGAUAUCACCAUGUUGAGUUCAAUUCUAAAUGUUAUUGCAUGUACAAUGAGGUUGUCUAUGAAAAGGAAGAUAUACCAACCGCAUUUUACCUUGUCCCUCCAUGGCAUAUUUAAGUUGUGCCAAGCUAUUGAUGGCAAUUCAAGAAGUAUCGAACUUAAGCCAUCAAUGGAGCUUGGUACUGAUGUCGUCCUUAUGAACGGUCCUCUGCCAAUUUUUUUCUGAAAUGGAUAAGUCAAGAAGUGUGAUGGUUGUUUCAUGGGUAACUUCCAAUAUCUUCUGGUUGUGUAAACAAAAGUCUGCAGCGGAAAUGUCAUGUGAAGAGCCACUAAACAAUGAGUGUCUACUAUCAAAGAUAUUGCGUUGGUUAGUGGCUUCUGUAAUCCUUGGCAGAAUCUCCCGCAUCUCUCCUGAAAAGAGGGGAGGUCUUGCCACGAGCACAAAUAGUCCCGGAACUCUUCAGUCUUUCUUGAACCAUUCAUCUGAAACCUUUGAAAUGGCGGAUAGUCACGUUGCGGAUGAGGCGCUGGCUGCCAUUAUACUUUACCUACAAGGUCACGUGAAAAAGAAGAUUGAUACUUUGCCGUCGGUUGUGACGGCUCUUAGCUUGUUACUUGUUGACAGAUGCAGCGAACAAGUUUUGGUUGAUAGCCGCGGACAAAUCGAAACGCUUUGCUCGAAGAUACAUUGCCCCGCCGAAUCUAAUCCCGCAUGGAGAUGGCAUUAUUAUCUACCUUGGAGAGAUCCUGCCUUGCAGCACACUGCGACAGAGCGCAUGGAAGUAGAGCAGUCAUGCCGAAGCCUGUUGAUCAUGUUUUCUAAUGCCCUGAGCGCUGCUGGGUUGCCGGCAGGUAUCCCGGUGUUGUCUGUUGGUGACAUUGACAAGUCUGGGCUGUUCCAGUGGGAAAGAGACUCCGUGGUUGAGCAGCCUCACGCGUAGUUCGUUGACUGAUUUGCAGUUGACUAGGCUAGUUUUUUUUUUUGCGGGAAGUUGACUACUAGGCUAAUUGCUGGAGAAAUUAGCGAAUUCAUCGUUUGCAUGAUUUUUUAUAUUUAUUUAAAGAAGUGAUGGCUGGUUCAGUUGGCGAUUUUGGGUUUUAGAUGCACCAAACUGAACUUGUGCGACCGACCUAUCUGUUUGGAAGAAAAAUGCCAGUGAUCUGCGUUUAGAUGAGAUGAUGAAGAAAAAUGUGGUUAUUUUCAGCAAUUUACUCUGCUUUGAACUUGGAUUUUGAUACUUGUGGUGAUUACCUUUCAUUUUCUGGGAUUGCUUCCUGGGGUC